AUGACCCAAAACGGCGACGCCUCUCCCUUCAAGCUAUUCGACGUCGUCUCUGACCAUUCCGACCACGCCUACGCCGCUGCAUCCACCGCCGCCAGCAAGAAGCAAACCUACGUCGGAUCAGUCUACAAGACCAUCAUGAAAGAGUGGCGGAUUCUCGAGAACAAUCUCCCCGACUCCAUCCACGUGCGCGUGUACGAGACGCGCAUCGAGCUCCUCCGCGCCGUCAUCGUCGGCGCUGCCGGCACUCCCUACCACGACGCCCUCUUCUUCUUCGACAUUAUGUUCCCCUCCGACUAUCCGACCCGGCCCCCCAAUGUCUACUUCCGCUCCUACGGCUUACGGGUCAACCCGAAUCUCUAUGCCAGCGGGCGCGUGUGCCUCAGCCUCCUCAACACCUGGGCCGGGAAGAAGCAGGAGAAGUGGGACCCGGCCCAGUCCACUGUCCUCCAGGUCCUGCUCUCGAUCCAGGCGCUGGUUCUGAACGAGAAGCCGUAUUUCAACGAACCGGGUACCGGGUCGCCGGGCGGGUCGGCCGCCGAGAAGAAGUCCAGAGCCUACAGUGAGGACAUUUUCGUCCUGACGUGCAAGACGACGCUGUUUUCGCUGCGGAACCCACCGAGGAACUUCGAGGCGUUCACUGCGGCGCAUUUCCGGGAGAGGGGGAGCCGGAUUCUGAGAGCGUGCGGCGCGUACGCGAGCGGGCGCGUGGGGGUCGGUUACUUCAGAGACGAGUCUGAGGCAUGCUCGGCUUCUUCUGCUACUAAGGCGAGGGCAGUUUCGGUAGUUUCGAAGAGAUUUAAGGCGUCAAUGCAGGAGUUGUAUCCGCAACUCAUACAAGUUUUCAAGAAGAAUGGGGCUCUUUUGGGUGAUGUGGCUGAGGUGUUGGCGGUGGAGACUAAAACGACGCCGGUUAAGGUGAAGCCGGUAAAGAUUCGAGUUGACAGGAAAGGUAAGGUUGGCAUUGCCAAGAAGGUAAUUGGGAAAUUGAGCAAGUGUUUUUGUUUGAGCAAGAAGGAGAAUCAGAAGGUAGCAAACUCUUCCACUCAACUUGCUUUCUUAUGA